AUGGGAAUCAGAAUCAGCAAAAGGCUCCUAAGAGUCGGGCUAAUGCUGGUUUGUGCUCUAGGAUUUUUAGGGCUAGUGCUACACACAACUGGUAAUGAGGCAACCACGUACUACGUGGAUAACACCAAAGAAUUUGUCGAUAGCUACAAAAACUGGUGGAACUCAGCUGCUGCGAAGCAGGAGGAGGAUCAAAGGAUUCAGGCGGAACAAGAUGCUGAAGAUGGUAAGCAUCCUGAAGAAGUGCCUAUGGACGAUUCGGCGAAGGCCCUGCUAGAGGCCUCGCAACCCCAUGAGGAUGUUGUGGAUGGCGAUGAGGACAGCACUGAAAAUGCAACAGUUAAAGCAGUGUUUGUUUCUCUGGUUAGAAACGAGGAUCUGGUCGAGAUUGUGGAAACCGUACGCAAUCUGGAGGAUCGGUUUAACGGAAAGUUUCACUACCCAUAUGUAUUUUUGAACAACGAACCAUUUUCAGACAUUUUCAAGACUGCCAUUGAAAAUGUCGUGUCAUCAGACGUCCAGUUUGGACUCAUUCCAAAGGAACAUUGGUCGUUCCCAGAAUGGAUUGACGAAGACAAGGCCGCAGAAGUGAGAGCAACGGCCGAUUAUAUCUAUGGGGACUCUGAGAGCUACAGACACAUGUGCCGUUUUGAAUCAGGCUUCUUCUGGAGGCACGAGUUGAUGGAAGAAUACGAAUAUUAUUGGCGCGUGGAGCCAAGCACAAAGCUUCACUGCGACGUUAACUAUGAUGUGUUCCAGUGGAUGAAGGACAAUAACAAAUCGUAUGGCUUCACGGUCUCCAUCAGGGAAUUUGAAUCGACGAUCAAGACUCUUUGGAAGACGACUAUUGAGUUCACCGAGAAAUACCCCCAGUUUGUUGCUGAAGACAAUAUGAUGGACUACAUAUCCAACGACCAUGGAAAAACUUACAAUUUGUGCCAUUUCUGGUCCAACUUUGAGGUUGCAAGUCUAGAUUUUUGGAGAUCUGAAGCUUAUAGGAAGUAUUUCGACUACCUCGACCGGGCUGGUGGAUUCUUUUACGAACGGUGGGGCGACGCACCCGUCCACUCUAUUGCUGCGGCUUUGUUUUUGCCUAGUGACCAAGUGCAUUACUUCCCUGAAAUCGGCUACUUCCAUAACCCAUACCACAACUGUCCGUUGGAUCAACAUCUGUGGCAGGAGAACAAGUGCUCUUGCGAACCCGCGCAUGACUUUUCGUUUCAAGGGUAUUCUUGCACAAACGAAUACUACGACUUCAAGAAAAUCCCGAAGCCUGAGGGCUGGAAGAAGUUCAGAUCUUGA